CCUCAUUCGGCAAGUUGCAAGCAAGAACACACCCCGAUCCAAGAAACCUCCGAUAAAGCAUGAGUGAGCUCCAAGGCCGCGUGUUCGCCCGCCAGACCGCGUUCAACGCGCUCGCUGAGGACCUGCGUGAGCAGACGGCGGCCGCGCAGACGUAUCUGACCGAGAAGAAGGCCGAGAUCUUCACGGUGCACCACUCAGCGCUUGUCAAGGUGCCUCAGAGCGUCCGUGGCAAGGAGCUGGUGGACUUCCUGGACAAGUGGCUCACGCCUGAGGAAGAGAAGGCGGAGGAAGAGACCACCGCCGAGCCGGAGAAGAAGGAAGAGGCCGCUACAGAGGAGAAGGAAGCCCCCAAGGCUGACGAAGAGGCCCCCAAGGCUGAAGAGGAGGCUCCUAAGACCGAAGAGGAGGCCCCCAAGACCGAGGAAGAGGCUAAGGCUGAGGAAGAAACCCCCAAGGAAGAGACCGAAGCUGCUAAGACCGAGGAAGCUCCCAAGGAGGCCAAGAAGGAAGACAAGAAGAAGGAGAAGAAGGUGGAGACGCCCUCUCCGUUCCGUGCGCGUGCCAAGGAGAUCGCUGAGGCGCUGGUACUGUCUGGUUUCAUCACGUCAUACAAAGAUCGUGUCAAGAACUACCUGGCCGAAGCUCCUAAGGAGUAUGUGACGGACAACGAGCUGUUCGUACCGCUUUCCGAAGCCAUUACGGAGUCCAAGGAUACGGCGGUGUGGAACGUGGUGGACGGCGCCAUCUACGCGUCCCAACUGAAGCGCAAAGCCGGUGUAUUCUCGGCCUUCACCCAGGGCAAGGACGUGUACGUCGUGGCCAAUGAGAAGACGAGCAAGAUCUACUUCUUCGAGUCCGACGUGGCUCGUACGCUAUUGGCCGAAUACGCCGCUGCCGACGGCUUCGUCCAGUUCGAUAACGCGCACUUCCAGUACGGCGUCAAGCUCGUGUACGGCGACAAGUUCGAGCUGCUGAACUUGCUGACUAAGGAAGGCCAGGAAGCUUUCCUUAACACACUGCUGAACGUCGGUGUGCAGUACCGUGAAGUGUACAACCUCGCAGCUGAGGAGGCCAAGUCGUUCUACGAACUCAAGGACUUUGACAUGGACAAGAAGGAGGUGAGUAUGGAGGACUACAAGGGCAAGGUGGUGCUGGUAGUGAACGUGUCAAGCAAGUGUGGUCUGACCCCCACGAACUACCCGGAGCUGCAGCAGCUGCACGAGAAAUACCAGGAAGAAGGUCUCGUGGUGCUUGGCUUCCCGUGCAACCAGUUCGCUGGCCAGGAGCCUGGCACCCACGAGGAGAUCCUGGAGUUUGUGAAGCAGUACAACGUGACGUUCCCGCUGUUCGAGAAGCACGACGUGAACGGCUCAAACGCUCGCCCGGUGUUCACGUACUUGAAGGCGAAACUGCCUGGCACGUUCGGAAACUACAUCAAGUGGAACUUCACCAAGUUCCUGGUGGACCGCAACGGCCAGCCGUACAAGCGCUACGCGCCGAAGGAUCUCCCGCUGUCCUUCGAGGAGGACAUUAAGGAGCUGCUGGCCAAGGCGCCGGAGCCGGAGAAGGCGGAGGAAGAGACCAAGGAAGAAGUCGCAUCGGCCAAAUCGGACGAGGAGACAGUUGAUAAGGAGACGACGGAGGACAAGACCGAGAAGAAGGAAGAGGCUGCGACUGAGGAGGUGGCAACGAAGGAGGAGGCCGUCAAGUCGGACGACGUGGCCGUCGCUGUGACUGCGCCCUGAGCGGAGACUACGCCGGACCCGAAAGAAUUCCAUCUUGCUGCGUAGUUUUUUCAUCGAUUUUUAUUGGUACUUUUUUGUAAUAGCAAAGUCAGCACUUGCAGAUUUUCUCUUUUAUUGUAAAGAUCAUUAAGAGUGAUGGUCAAACUUCAACUUGUUUUCGGUGGUCGUUUGCGG